AUGGACCGGAGGAUAUCCAAGGAGGAGGGCGAGGCGGUGAAGCCGACGAGGAGCUUCCGCUACGAGGACUACAGCACCAGGCGUGUGUUCCUGCGCAGCUACCCGCUGCAGUGGGACUGGUCGCCCGCGCAGGACGACGACGAGAAGGACAGCUUAAGCCCCGCGCACGCGGAGGCUGCCGCCGGGAACAGGGCGGAUCAUGCCGACGGCGACGAGUGCUGCGGCGGCAGCAGGCGGUGGAAGAGGCAGGUGGUGGCGGCCGUGACCGAGUGGGGGGAAGACAAGCUGCUGCUGCUCCGGAGGGCCAAGAAGCGCCUGGCGCUCUACCUGAUCGGCUGCCACCACCACGGCCACGGCCGCCGCGCACUGCCCUUCCCGUCAGCCGGCGGAUCCUGCACCGUCGCCAUGCUCACCUCCAGAUGA